AUGCUAUCUGAGGCGUGCAUCCGUAUGCAAGCCGCAUACUCAAACUCUCUGUUUCAGUUUCAGUCCACAGAACUAUCUGAGGGAAGAGGGGAAAUGGACGAAAAGGGGAAAAAGGAAGUAGUUGUAGAAGAUAGCUGCUCGGAAGAUGAAGCAUUGAAUGGUGCAAACAAGAAUGGCAUUGGGAUUGAAUCAGCGGAGCAGUUCUUCAAGGAUACAAAUGAUGAUCAGGCAGAAAUGAGGGAGAUGAAGAAGCAGACACUGUCGAUAUCUGAUGUGAUUUCAUCUGUUUUUCAUGUCUCAAAGGAGAAUAAACCAGCAGUGCUAUCAGAAAAUGAAGUGGUUGAACUAGAGUCCAUUAUUGAUGAUAAAGAGGAAGAUAAGCCGGAAGAAGUAAGUAUAGGUGUGGAAACAAGGUUAAUGGUGGAAGGAGAACCUGAUUUCAGAAAUGAAAACAUGCGAGCUCCACGAUACUCUGAGUCCGCAGAUUGGGAGGCAUGCUACAAAUGUAGCAGAGAUAGUCAUAAAGGGAAAUGCAAACUGAAGAAAAAGAGAAAACCAUGCUACAAUUGUGGAGAUUUAGGCCAUGAGGGAAAGCGUUGCAAACAGGUUAAAAAUUGCUUUAUUUGCUCUAACAAAGGGCACCUAGCCAAAGACUGUCCAAUGGACCAGCCAGAAAAGGAUAGAUUCUGUGUAAAAUGCGGAAAUCCCGGGCACGACAUGUUCUCAUGUACUGAUGAAUAUUGUUCUGAGGAUCUCAAGGCAUGUGAACUUCUUAAAAUUGUUAUCUUGUUCUUCCUUGUGGUGUUCAGUGCUAUGUUUGCAAAGAGUUUGGUCAUCUCUGCUGUGUUGACGAUAAAAGUGAAGGACCUAGACAUGUUUCCUGUUUCAACUGUGGGCAGUUGGGCCACUUGGGAGUGCACAAAAUUUAACGAGCAAUUGAAGACCGUAUGCUCCAAGUGUGGAGAGGGAGGUCAUCCACCCAAAGAAUGCAUCAAGUCUCCAGAGGUUGGAGGAUCGGGUAAUACCGAAGAUAAAGAAGUGGCAACUAACCCCGUAAACAAGAAGUCAACAAAAACUCGCAAGAAAAAGAAAAAUAAAAAGAAGCCAGAAGCAACAGUAAAUGUGUCUUGUGGUUCACCCAAUGGGAACAGAAGAUGGCAUGCAACACAAGCUAAUGGCCUGUACUUUGCAAGACCGGGAUCAAAUGUCUGGUUGUCACCCGUGGCUGCUGCUGCUGCUAGACGCUAUAGCAAUCAGUAUUUCAGUCAACAUCCUUAUCAUUUUUUUAGCCAUCAAGAUGGAACUCAACUUCCCCCAAACGCUUUCGAUUAUCAGAUUGGAAUUCGAUUCCCUCAUCAAAUUUAUAACCAUCAGAAUGCAAAUCCACUCCCUCAACAAACUCUUAACCAUCAGAACCCAGCUCAACUUCCUCAUCCAGUUCUUGACCAUCAAACAAGAGAUCUAGUUCCUCAACAAACCUUUAACCAUCAUACUCGACCUCGAGUUCCGUGCAAAAAUUUUAACCAUAAGACUAGACCUUAA